AGUCACUAUGCGCUGAUGCUCCCCCACAUGCUCGCAUCACUGUUGGCAACACAAGCCCCGCAUCAGCACAGCAAACUCAAACCACAUCUGACCGGCACGAUGGAUGGGCAACAUAAAGACCGCAGACAGACUCACUUGUGGAUAUUGACGUUACUGAUAUUUGUCUAACCUCUAGCACUGGAUAACUCGGUCUUUUCCCAACUUUCUUCUUCUGGAUACGGAUUUGCGGAGCUGGAUCUUGUCCUACAGGCUUUGGAAGAAGGAUUAUUAUUUAUUCUUUAUUAAAUCACUUUGUCAUCUCUCCGUUUUCGCCACCAUCACUUGGAAUAGGAGCGUUUUUGUUGGAGGACAAACUGAUUUUUUAAGGAUACGCACAUCAAACUCUAAAGGAUGGCCGUUUGGUUCACCUCUGUCCUCGCAAUAGUUGUUACAUUAUUUACUCAGGUUCUGGGAUCAGGUGUAUUCGAGAUAGAUCUCCAUCAUUUUCAGAAUUCUAAAGGUUUGCUGGCAAACGGACUCAGUUGCAGCAUGACGGGCUGCAGGACUUAUUUCAGGGUUUGUUUGAAGAACUUCCAGACGGUGGUGUCUCCUGGAGGCUGUAUAUUUGGCAAAGCCAGCACACCUGUUCUGGGCAUCGACUCCUUCAGCAUCCAGCAGGACGCCAGGCUGCGUCUGCCGCUCAACUUCACCUGGCCGGGUGCUUUCUCAUUAGUUAUCGAAGCCUGGUAUUCUCCUACAGCGGACCUACCUGGAGAUACCGCCAACCCUGAUUUCUUGAUUAGUUCUUUUACCAUCAAUAAAAAGUUGGGAAUAGGGCCCGAGUGGUCCCCGGCUGUGCAGAGGGAGACGCAGACGGAGCUAAGGUACUCAUACCGGUUCAUCUGCAAUGAACAUUACUACGGGGACACUUGUUCCAAAAUAUGCGCUCCGAGAGACGACCAUUUUGGCCACUACACCUGCAAGCCUGACGGGCAAAUAGCCUGUCUACCGGGAUGGAAGGGAGAAUACUGCCAAGAACCAAUCUGCCUGGAAGGGUGCAACGAAAGAAAUGGAAACUGCACAUUACCUGGAGAGUGCAAAUGCAGGGAGGGCUGGCAGGGGCUCUUUUGUGAUGUGUGUAAACUCCAUCCGUCCUGUAAACAUGGUACCUGUAAAGAGCCGUGGCAGUGCACCUGCAAGGAGGGCUGGGGAGGCAUCUUUUGUGACCAAGAUCUGAACUACUGCACCCACCACAAACCCUGUGCCAACGGGGCCACGUGCAUGAACACAGGCCAGGGUAGCUACACCUGCACCUGCAUGCCAGGUUUCACCGGGGUUAACUGUGACUUGGAGGUCAGGGAGUGUGACAGCCAGCCCUGUCGCAAUGGAGGCCACUGCCUGGACUCUGAGAACGGCUAUAGGUGUGUGUGCCCAAAGGGGUUUGAAGGGACACACUGUGAACUCACUGUGAAGAUACUGACCUGCGCAGAUACACCCUGCUUUCAUGGUGGGAAGUGCAGAGAGAGGAAUAAUGGGCAUACUUACAUAUGCGAGUGUCCACCAGGCUACACUGGACUUAACUGUGAGAAGAAAGUGGAUAAAUGUACCUCACUGCAAUGCACUAAUGGUGGACACUGUGUGACCCACGACAACCUCCCACUGUGCAGCUGUCGCUCAGGCUUCACAGGUCUGCGCUGUGAGAUCAACAUCAACGAGUGUGCCAGGAACCCCUGCGCAAACGGCUCCACCUGCAUAGACCGCAUCAACGGCUACACCUGCACCUGUCCCCCGGGGUACACGGGCCGCCACUGCGACAACCCCAUGGACCGCUGUGCCUCUCAACCCUGCCUGAACGGCGGGACCUGCACCACUGGAGCCAAAGGCCAGCCUACCUGCAUCUGCCCCGCCCAUUACAGCGGCCCCCAGUGCCAGUCCAACAACGUGCCUAUAUCCAACGCCCAAAGCCAAGGUGACAAGUUGAGCUUGGCAGCCAUCUGCUUGGGAGUAGGCCUGGUGGCUGUUCUGGUGCUUUUCUGCAUGGUGGCGGUGGUGAUAUGUCAUGUCAAGAGGCAGAGGAGCCGGGAGCAGGACUCAGAGACCAUGAACAACCUCUCCAAGGUGGACUUUCAGAAAGAGAACCUCAUCUCCACCCUAGAGCUCAAGAACACCAAUAAAAAGGUGGAUCUGGAGGUAGACUGUCCCAGUGAAAAGUCGAAUCACAAACACAUCAACCACUACCACCUGGACUAUAAAACCUCCACGGGGUACAAGGACGAACUGUCCCUUUUGGACAAAGAUGAAAACUGUGAAAAGACGAUAGAGGAAAAAAAGCAUUUGAGUAGAAUGUACAGUGAAAGGCCAGAGUGUAGAAUAUCAACAAUAUGUUCUUCCAGAGAUUCAAUGUACCAGUCUGUCUUUGUAAUAGCAGAGGAGAGAAACGAAUGCAUCAUUGCAACUGAGGUAUAAUAAGUGGAGGACAUUAUUCACUGUCAACAUUGGAUUUCUUGUGGACUUGUUUACAAGUGUGGAGAGACUGGGAUUUAUUUAAAUGCAAGCUGCUGCUCUUGAAAACUUGAUAACUGGAUGGAGCCGGUGUGCUCUUUGAAUUCAAUCAAACAGAAGCUACUAAUCUAUGUGAGAAUGUAAAGACUGAAAAAAAAGACUUUAAAUAAUGAGCAAAUCUGACUUGUGGAAGCAGCUUCGAUGUUUCCGAUUCAAACCCUCGUCUGCUCCGUCCAAGUUCAUCCAAGGGCGACAGGCCAACGUGUUUAUGUCUGCCUGUUGAUUAGAAGAAGAGGACUAUCUCGAUGCGCUCCUCUCCACCUUAUUGCAGUAAUCAGCAAUCAGCAAAUCAACGUACUGCCAGCAAGCCUGUGGAAGGAGCCAGCCUUUUCUAUUUUUUUGUGGCCUGCAAUGCGCUAUGCAAACAAAAACCAGCAUUGUGCUUAAUCAGAAAGGGUCAAAAAACUACUGAAAACGGUUCAUUUUUGAAGGAUAUUUAGGGUUAUCCGUUUUGUAAAUCCUUUUUUUAUAAAGAAUGUAUGCAGCCUAGAUCACAAAGCCUUAUAUAUGUGUUUAAUAGCAUUGUGCCCCGCCUUAUCUUGAGUCCUUUGCACAACAAAAUGAACAUAAAAGAUCAAAAGAUGCAAUAUGCUAUAGCGCCAUGCAGGGAAACUAAUGAUAAGGCCUUGUUUUACCUUAUGCAAGAUCACCCUUAAAUGAAGACAAAGAAAUACAUGAAGUGACUAUCGUACCAAGGACGCCUUCGAAGCAAAUGACUGAACCAAUAAUGUUAUUUUGAAAGAUUAGUAAUUCAUUAGUAAUUUAAGAAUAUGAAGCACUGAUCUUUGUCUCUCUGUGUUUUAUAAGAUUAUUUUGUAUAUACUGUAUAUUUAUAUGUCGAGAUUAGAAGUAUGUUUUCAAGUCGAUGCCCAGAAAAGGUGAAUUUAUUUUUAAAGUGUCGUUGGUGUUUUAUUAUUUUUUGUUAUAAAAAGAAACAAUGAACACAUAUCUGGUACACUGUUUGUUUGUCGGUCCGCAAUGGUCGAGUGUACUCGUGGUCCAAAUAGAGCUCCUAAUUUAAAUGUUGGAAUCAUCUAGAAACUUUUAUUUGUGUGGAAGUGGCUUCAUUGUCUAUUAGAUACAGUAAUAUUUGGCCUGGUAGCAUUUCUGAUGAUUCCGUGUCUAUGUCCAUGACGUCUGUGUCAGUGUGAUGUGAAAUCAAUGUGCUAGCAAUCAUUCAGUGGACAGUGUUGUAAUUGGCAGCAGUGUAAAGAAAUAGUCAAACAAAAAGAUAUAUAUUUAAAACAACAUCUGUAUGUGAAAAUAAAGAAUCCUUGUGGUCUUUCUACAGCACGUAACUGCUUCUCUGAACUGCUACUGUAUUUGUAUGAAGAACUAGAGACUAGAUAUCAGAGGUGGGACCAAGUUACAUGUAAGUCUUUGCACUCAAGUCCCAAAUUGAGUCCUAAACUUGAGUUUUGAGCCCUGAACUCAUCAUGCACUCUUCACCACAUGUAACGCCAAUAACAGCAGAGUAAUAAUAUAUUAAACGUACAAAUAUCAUGAA